AGGUUCCAAUGUAUAUAUAUGCUUAUAUUUGAAUUCAACUAUUCUGUUUCAGAUUUAUCAUUGGUAAUUUGGCUAAAUUUACUUACAAAAUGUGGUCUUUUAUUGGUAAGAUAACUGUUGCUUACAUCAUCUUCAAGUUCCUUCUAUCUGUUUGCAAAGGCAUAUAUUCAUCACUUGUUGCACCUGUACUGCGACUUCAUAUCAACUUCCAGAAGACAGGAAAAUGGGCAGUUGUCACUGGAGCAACUGAUGGCAUUGGGAAAGCAUAUGCUUUUGAGUUGGCCAAACGAGGACUGGAUAUUGUGCUCAUCAGCAGAACCCCUUCCAAGUUAGAGGUCGUUGCUAAGGAAAUCAAAUCUUCAUACCCUGUGGAGACAAAGAUAAUAGCUGCUGACUACACUCGCUUGGACAUCUAUGAUGACAUUGCUAGGGAACUCAGAGGCUUGGACAUCGGUGUUCUGGUCAACAAUGUUGGCAUGAGCUACGACUAUCCUGAGUAUCUUGUUAAAGUGCCUGAUGCAGCCAACUACAUGACAUCCCUGGUGAACAUCAACGUGAUGUCAGUGGUUCGUAUGACCCUCAUCGUCCUGCCGGGGAUGGUGGAGAGGAAGAGAGGCGCCAUUGUUAACGUCUCUUCUCUGUCUGCCGCUGUGGCAGCUCCUCUCCUCACCGUCUACUCUGCUUCUAAGACGUUCGUUGAGAGCUUCAGCGCGGGGCUAGAGCGGGAGGUUCGUGACGCAGGCGUGACGGUGCAGUGUCUCCUGCCAGGCUUUGUGGUCUCCAAGCUGUCAAAAAUAAACCGUCCUAACUUCCAGGUACCGACGCCGGAAAAUUACGUGAAGCAAGCGAUCGGCACCUUGGGCGUCGAGUCCCGCACGGCUGGCUAUGCAGUCCACAAAAUCAUCGUGUACCUGGUGGAGCGUCUGCCCACGGCGUUCAUCCAGCUGAUGGUGACCAAGGAGCUGCAGGGCAUCAGAAGCAAGGUCCUCAAGCGCCGCGAGCGAGAAGCUAAACAAAACUAGACGCUCCGCAGACUUGCUGGGAGACUGCGCUUGCCGUCCUCUGCUGCCUGCAGAUGUCUUGUGGGCUACAAAAGAAAUAAUAUUCGGGUGGCUUCUGGUAGAUUUGAUUAGAUAAAAAUCAGCCGACCCUGGUGUGUGGAGGAGUUUGUUGUUUGUUUCUUUAAUUUAUAUUUUCAUACGUAUCUUGUACCAUUUUUGUUACAUCUUUUUUAGAGUUGAGGUAGAGUUGACCAACACUUCGAGGGCUGUUAUUUCUCUCUGGAAUUCUUCUGGAAUCUUAUAAUUUAUUAUAAAAUUCUUUUCAAUGCCGGGACCAGUGACAUAUUUUUCUACAAUUCUCAGAAUAGAAAGACGGAUAAAGUCACAAAUUUAUACUUUCACGAGAUCUGGCUCAAAGAACUUAGUAAGCCAUUGAGUGUUAUGAGCAACCAUAGUUAUCUUUAAUUCGGGUUGGUUUCUGUGUU